AAGAAAGAGCUCGCGUGUGAUGUGUUUGUGUGUCCUCAGUGUUUUUCUCUCUUGAGUGUUUUAUUGAGUGUAAACAGAGUCUUGUCUCUGUGUAUUUUAGUGUUGAUGAUGAGAUGGAUGUGAUGUGCUGUAAAUCAGAAACUGAUCAGGGCUUACAGGAUGAGGAAUCUACUGAUCAAACCUCCACAGAGUCUCUGGAUUCUGUCUGUAACGCUGGAGAACAGCAGCAGAUCCUGCAGACCAAACUCAACAUGUGUUCAGUCAAACUCAUCGACUUCAGGAACCUCAUGAUGAAGAUCAAAACUGAAACCACAGAAGUGAAAACUGAACCGACAGAAGUGAAAACUGAACCUAUAGAAGAGGAAGAUGAUGCAAAUGAGUGUUGUGGUGAUGAUUUUAUUCUUUCAGAUAUUUCAGAAAUAAAAACAGAACUCACAGAAGAGGAAGAUCGCAAGGAUGAUUUUAUUCCUUCAGAUGAGAAGAGUCAUUCAGGUUCUGAGGGAGAAAUAAUGUUCUCAACAUCACAAGAAAGGCAUUUAGAGAGACAUGAGAGAAAACACAGAGAACAGAAGCUCUUCACCUGCAGGAGAUGCAAGAUCAGCUUUCCUACCUUACAAGAACAGAGACGUCAUUCAGAAGAGCACAGAGAGAGGAAUCAGUUUCACUGUCACCAGUGUGGAAGAGAUUUUGACUUCUUAUCACAGCUGAAUGUUCACAUGAGGACACACAGUGGUGAAAAGCCUUUCCACUGCACUGAAUGUGACAAAUAUUUUAGCACCAAACAAAAUCUUGAUGCUCAUCAGAGAAUUCACGCAGGAGUAAAACCAUACAAGUGUCCUCACUGUGAUAAAGGUUUCUGUAAGAAAUCUUAUUUGAUCAUCCAUGAGAGAAUUCACACUGAAGAGAACCCAUUCAAAUGCUCUCAGUGUGAGAAAAUGUUUGCUAAUUCAAAGACCUUAAUAGCCCAUGAGAGAGUUCAUACUGGAGAGAAACCUCAUCACUGUGGUGUUUGUGGGAAGAGUUUUAAUCAACGUGAUUAUUUAGUGAGACACCAGAGAACUCAUACAGGUGAAAAACCUUACAAAUGCUCUCAGUGUGAUAAAACGUUUGCUCAGUCAGGUCACUUAAAAAUCCAUGAGAUAGUUCAUUCUGGAGAGAAACCUUGCGUCUGUAGUGUUUGUGGGAAGAGUUUCAGUCGACCACACAGUUUAGUGACACACCAGAGAAUUCAUACAGGUGAAAAACCUUACAAAUGCUCUCAGUGUGAGAAGACGUUUACUCAUUUCGGUUCCCUAAAAGCCCAUCAGAGAAUUCACACUGGAGAGAAACCUCAUCACUGUAAUGUUUGUGGGAAGAGUUUUAGUCAACAUUACAGUUUAGUGACACAUCAGAGAACUCAUACAGGUGAAAAACCUUAUAAAUGUUCUCUGUGUGAGAAGGCGUUUGCUCAGUCAGGUCAAUUAAAAGUCCAUCAGAGAGUUCACAUUGGAGAGAAACCUUAACACUGCUCGAUCUGUGGAGAGAUAUUCGCUUUAUUAGAAAGUUUUUAGACUCAUCAGAAGAAACAUACUGAUACUGAAGAGUGGUGUAAGACCAACAUCAGGGAUCUUGCGGUGACAGAAUUUUUUAAUUGACUCAACAUCUGAAAUCUUUCUCAAGGGUUCACAUCUACCUCCAAGUAGGCUUGUUGCGAUAGUCGGUGAAACGAUGAUUACCAGUGCUUCAGCCUCUCACCGGUUGAAUCACUUGCCCACCGCGACACCGUCUUUCACCGUUGUUUUGAUAUUUUCUUGUAAUUAAAUCAUUUAGUUUCAUUAGAGAGCAAACACUAAGAACUGAAUGUGUCUGCUGCAUGCUGAAAUCGCGUCAUCACAGAGCAACGGCUGCGGUUGUCAGAUUUCAUUUAUUCCUGUCAGACUGCGGCGAGCUGACUGACCAGACGAUCAUGGCAGAAGCCGCCUGCUUACUCGUUUUUGUUAUAAUAUACAUAUAUGAUGUUAAAUAUAAGCGAGAUCGUUUUGUUCUUGUGUUUUUUUUCAUUAAGGAUAAUAUUAAACCUAUCAUUCAAGCAGCGCUUUAUGGAGGAAUAGCCUGGCGGGUUUCUGUCAGAAGUACCUGCGCACAUUGACUCAAGCACUUAAACCAGCUGUUGCACUUGCAAUUGCAUGCAAAUUUAUACGCGAUUUAACGCAGCGUACGCAAGCGCUGGAUUUAAACAACAGUUACAUCUAAUUCAGAAGUGAAAGUAAAAUGCGCACGUCUGUAUGUGCAUUUAUAAGCCCCUCCCACCCGGUGAAACCGGUAUCACCGGGUUUGUCACGUGCUGAUUAACCGGUGGGAAAAUUCUGUCACCGCAACAACCCUACCUCCAAGACAACAACCCCAUUGUGUGGAGACAGAAGAGUCACCUAAACAAGAUUACUUGCAUCUGUUCUACUUCUUCACCCCAUCAUCAUCCUCUCAGCUUAGAGCAUCUGAAAGCUGACCUGUAAACAGCUGACCAUGAAGUGUGUAUGAAAUGUUACAUUCUGCAUGCACAAAGACUCUGAAUCAGAGUCAUGUUUGAUAUCAUUUGAAAUGUCUCAGUGCGAUUGGUACAAUGGUCUCACUCCCAUGACUACAGAAUUCAAAAGUGUUAUUUAAAAAGUGUGACAGUAAAUUAGGCAAACUUCACUCAACGUUGAGAGACACCUCCCUUUUGCCAGGUCAGCUUUUAUAUGUAAAGCAUGUUGAGUGCUGCAGAAAAGCUCUAUAUAAAUGUAACAAAUUAUUAUUUUAAAUUACAUACAGUAAAAUACAUAAUCAAUAAACCGGCUCUGAGGAAACUGCAUUUACAGGGAUUUAGAGAUUUGUCAAGUUUCUCACAGGCAAUAGCAUCACCACCUAUAGUACAUAUUUGGUCAAAAACAGUUUUAUCUCCUCUCUUAUACCACAGGCCUGUUGAAUGCUUUAUUAAUUUUUUUUUGUGGUAACCUUGGUAUAGGAGAAAUAAUUGACUCCUUUUGAAUUAUUUGAAAAUAAUGCACACCUGUUUCACGUCGUGCUGCAUUACCACCUUGGGUGUGCAUUAUUUUCUAAUAAUUUAACGGCCCGUCGUCAAUUACACCUUACCUGUCUGCAGAACUUUUAAAUCUAACAUGAGCUUUUAUUUUCGCUGUUUCUCUGGCAACUGCUUGAAACAAGCACAGACUUCUGGGGACACCAAAGACUUAUACAUCUUAAGAAAAUCUCCCCUUCAAAACUACAUAUUAUUAAAGGAGUCAUAUUAUGAGAUUGUUUUGAGAUGUAAAAUAAGAUUUUGGUGUCCCCAGAGUGAAGUUUUAUCUCAAAAUACACAUAAUUUAUUAUAAGUUAAAAAUGCAUUUUUGGGUGAGAUGAUAAAAGACCCGGAUUCGCCAUUGGGAGGACCGGGAGAAUUCCAGAUGGACCGGUCUGUGUUUUUUUUGCCAUGAAGGCCAGUGAUGUCAUGCCACUGGGUUGAAUUUUGCUGUAGGCUGUCAGCAGUCACCCCUUUAUGCCCAAGUUGAUUGUGUCCAGAGUUCUGACCACUUAUUAGAAGAAUUCUUGCAUUAUAGUCUGGUCCAUUACCAUCUAAAACGCAAUGAACCGCAGGACCUGCUUCUUUCUUCUUUUCAAAGUGCUCGCCUGUAAACACAAGUUUUGUUUCAAAGGUGUCUGUAUUUAAAGGUGCUCUAAGCGAAUUGAAGCGUUUUAGACUAUAAAACAUUUUUUGUUACAUACCGGAAACAUCUCCUCACUAUCUGCUUGCUGCCUGUCCGCUGAUCAAACUGUAAAAAAACGCGAUCUCUGUAGACAGCCCAGGCUUCACAAACGGCAAUAUCAACAAAUGGCCAAACCUAGCAUCACAAAACUAAACAAAGUAUUCCAGCCAAUAAACGACA